CGUCAGAGAAGUAAUUUCAACUUCCUUGUGCGUAAUAGUUCUAUACAUGUGGAAGUUAUCCGCUUCGUUUCGUGAAUUUUCUCUGAGCUAAAAAUACAUAUAUCAUAUGGUUUAUAAUAACUUGACGUAGGAUCUGUAUUGAACUGCUAACGGGUUCUUCCGAGAUAUUUCACAACGGUGAAGUUGGCACAACCGAACGCAGCAAGGUCUCUACAACAUCUGGGCCUUAAGAAAGAUUACCAUAAACGAAUUUCAGUUUGUACAACUAAUUCUUGGGGAAACUAUCUCGUCGUUGUUGACAAGGAACUCAGUGUUCACAAUGGAAGCGAACGUGUCUCAGCCCAACGAAUCCCGAGCGGUUUUUCCCAACACUCUGAUGAACCGUUCGAUGGGUCAAGUGCUUGCAGAUGUUGGACCUCUCUUCCUCAUAAACCUAACAGCUCUGUUUGGAAAUACGCUGCUCUGCAUCGCUUUCUUAAAGAACAACCACCUAAGAUCGGUAACAAACAUGUUUGUUUUAACGCUGGCCGUCAGUGAUAUUAUCAUGUCGCUUACCUGUAUGCCACUAUCAGAAGGAUCUCUCAUUGCCGGAGAAUGGAUCUUUGGAGAUCUUCUUUGCCACAUUCAAGGAUUUCUCGCCCACUUUUUGGCGUUUCUUUCGCUUCAAAUGAUGGCAAUCACUGCUGUAAAUCGAUACUUUCGAGUCAUAAAACCAGAUUUGUACAAAAAGAUCUUCACCCCUGGCUACACAACUUUGAUAAUACUCUCCGCAAGUUUGCUGUCCGUCGGGAUUUUGGGAAGCAUAACGUUCGCGCAGCAUGGGAACUUGUUCGUGUUCCACCCUGGUAAGACAAUCUGCGUCAAUUUGUAUCGUAGCUUAAUAAGCACCCAAAUAUACACCAUCUUCUCCAGCGUUACGUUCGUCUUUCUACCUGCCAUAGUGAUCGUAUGGUGUUAUACCAAGGUCUUUAGAUCCAUCAGAAGGCACUCUCGACGAUUGGCCGCCAGAAAGAUGUCCCGUGUAUCUAUUAACAGCAUAAAUCCAGCACAGAUUGUUGUCACUCGCACUGUGUUUGCAAUCGUCUCAGCAUUUUUUAUUUGCUGGAUUCCUUGCAUUGUUAUUGAUUUGGUGGACAUCACGAGAGAUGAAUGGUUCGACCGCCGAGUGUACCUGGCGUACACUUAUUUUGCCUACACCUCCAGCGCCAUAAACCCCAUCAUUUACGGCAUCAUGAACAGGUCGUUCCGAGUGGAAUACCUAAAGCUCCUAAGAUGUCGCUGAAAACGGGAGAUUGAACUCGCUGAUUUUUCUUAUUAUCUGAUCCAGGCUUUGAAAUGAAAAUAGAUUUGUUAACAAAUUGCCCUGCUUCGCUGGAAUCGAUGUUUUUACCUUGGCUAUGGACAGUGUUAGCCUACACGGCUGCGGACAUGAAUUCAUCACCAAAUUAAGUCCACGUUUUUCUUGUUAGGAUAGCUAGAUGUUUAAGGAUUCAAACAUAUACUAACUCAGACAGAAAAUUACAUGUAGCUAUAACAGAAGAUAUUUCUUUUUCAUCCAAGCUAUUUAUGCGUAACAUUUUAAAUAAUUAUUUUAACUUGACAAAGGCUACUGUAAAGCCAAGAAAAUGUUAUACUUAUGAGAUGGACAGGCUAAAUAAUUAAUCUUAAUCUGAAUUUGUGACUGAAUUUAAAAAACGCAUAUGGUCAAAAAAAAAGGUUCGUUCUCGAGCUUAAACGGAUGUAAUAUUUGGCCGGCGUAGUAAUAAAAAGGACCAAUUAAAGUAUGUUGAUAUUGUUAGUCCAACUCGAAACAAUCAUCAACAAGUAAAAGCAAACAUAUCAUUAAAACAUUUCUCUCAAUUUCUCUUAAAAAGACUCAGUUAGCCGCUUUCAUUGUAUCAUUAUAUUUAGCCUUUGCUACCAAAGAAUUUUUGAAUUCUACUCUUUGGAUCGAUGCAACUAAGGAUCAGGCCGGUUACUUCAGCAGGCAACGACAAAAUAAAUUGGUUCGUUAUGAGCAGCGAGUUACGAUGCUAAUACAACUUGUAUUCCACUGACAGGUUUGCGUGCACCUGGCAUUUGACAGUUUUAAUUGAGGCCGUUUUGCUAGCAUUACUAGUGAAGGUCCUUAAAUGUGAAUUUAAACUAGGAUCUGUACAGCCGGCAUACAACGCCGUUCAUGAUAGAAUCCGGCCAAAAUAUCAAGGAUAUUCUCCCCACAUACAUGUAUUGUUCUGGAUUAAUUUUCCUCGUUUUAAGCAUACAUUAGUAGAUAAAGUAUAUCGCUUAACCAAACCUGAAAACCUCAGCAAACAUUGGAAACUGGAGCAGCGUUAACUUGAAGGCCUUAGCCGGAAUAUAGAACGCGAUUAAGUUUUUCCGGGCUAAGCAGAAAUAGGUAUAAGUUAUUUUUCUUUUUUAUGAAUAAAGAUUUGUAUUUAAAAGUCCUCUUUCUUGAGCGGAAAUCACUCAGAAAGAAAAGGCCUAAAAACACUCUCGUUGCCAAUUCGCUCCAGCUUGUUGUCUUAAAAGCCUUUUUCUUUUUUUUAUCAGAGCAUCUUUGUGUAUAUUUGACAUGAUAGGCAUCCAAUAUUACACACGUAUCUUAAUGUUGUAUCACUUUGACACAGUUGUACACCUGCCCUGUGCGUGACAAAAAUACGUUCGCCGAACAAACAGCUCUCAGCUUUUAAACAACUCUACUUGACUGAAUUGAAACUUUCAUGUUGUGGUUUCGUGACCUUACACCAUAAACCUCUCUUUGAAUAACACGCAAACAUGAAGGAGCACUUUCUAAAUGGCAAAAGUGUUAUAGAGUACUGAUCCUUUCAAUGCAAUGCUGUUAAUACGUACUUUUUGUCAUUCAUCUUUAGACUAUCAUACCUGAUGCACUUAACAAUCAAUGUAUGUUAAUA